GGUCGUUAAGGCAGAAUUUGCCAGGGGGAGAGAAAGAUUAAACCCAGAAUUCCCCCAAACUUUCUUUUCUCUAGAUUGUCGCGUUUUUUUUUAUAACCGGAAAAUCACGGUUAUCGUAGAAAUGGCUCGCCAUUUCGUCCGUUCGUUUGUUAUUGCUACCGUCCUUAGCCCCUUCGUUAAUGCUGGGCCAUGCCGUCCCUCUUCGAGCUCCGUAGCGGUCGUUACGACUACUGUUGAGUCCAGUGCCGCGACUGGUUCUGCUACGACUCACACCACGGAGUCGAGCUUGACCGAGUCUUUAUCUGGUACCUCAACCGAGACUUCUUUCACUAUUAGUGAGAGUGGCUCAACCACUGAGUCUGGUGUCUCCACUGAGACCAGUCUCACCAUCAGUGAGAGCGAAUCAGCCACCAAGUCUGCGUCUGCGUCUGCUGUCUCUACCGACACUGCUACAACCCUCACCGAGCAAUCCACCCAGUCCCUCUCUGAUUCUUCAACCGAAACCACUCUCACCGCCAGCGAGACUAAGUCUGGUUCCAUCAGCGCCGAGCAGUCGACCUCCACGGAUUCUGCCCUCUCAACUGACACUACCACUACCGCUAGUGAGAGCGACUCAUCCACUGGCACCACUCUGGGCACAACCACCUCAACCGAAUGCACCGUCCCAGAUCCUCCUGUCUAUGAUGAUCCCUUUACUGCCACCUACACCGAGGAGCUUCCCGCGACCACGACUGAAGCUGCUACCACCACUACUGAGGCUGCCGCUACCAUUGUUCAAGUUGUCCCGAGAAACUUCGUCCGAAGAGGUCAUCCAGAGAUAUUUGUCAGGGAUGCCACCACUGAAGACGCUCCCGCCACCAGCGAAGGUGCUGCCACCACUACCGAAACUGUUGCUACCACUUCGGGAGAUGUCACUACUACUGGAGAGACAACUGCCACUUCUGAAGAUACCACUACUACCACUGAAGGUGCUACCACCACCACCGAAGAUGCUGCCACCACUACUGAAGAUGCUACCACCACUUCUUCUGAAACUGCCACCGGUUGCAUCAAUAAUAUGGAGAAACCAACACCUGAAGGCGCCGUCUGCGGUGCAAGGGGAUACGUAUGGGGAGGUUCCAACGAUUGGAGAUACUUGAGCGAAGGCAUUUCGUCCACUCUCCUUGAUUGCUACACGUCUUGCAUGCAGAAGAGUAACUGUGUGACAUUUAUAUUCGAGAAAGACAUGCAAUGCUCUCUCUAUGCAGGUACUAUCACUCAGCUCAGCCCGGACCGAACCGGUGUCAAGUAUUAUGAGACGCGCUGCUUCUGUGACACCGGCAUUGAGCCAGCUCCGACCUGCUCAUACGACACUUCCAUCGUCAACGGUGGCUUCGAUGACGGCAAGUUCUCUCCAUGGCAGGAGGAUCCCAAUCCUGGCGGCAAAGAUCCCGUCGCCUUGAGGCCCGUUCCUGGUGGCGAGGGCGGUACGUCUUAUCGGCUCCAGACUGGCCAGUUUGACUUCGACAAGAGCAUGUGGAUUUAUCAGGAUGUCAAGGCCUGCCCAGGCACUAGGUUCUACUGCAGCUAUAGGUGGUGGUGGGAUGAGUACUACUCGAUUCGCCAAAAUGAUGGUAGCAGCUUGGUUCCAUAUGUCCGGGUUUACCAAGACGACGACAGGAUCGGGAACAGAUACCCCAUCGGUGCGGUCCAGACAAAGACAUGGAUCAGCGCAAAUUUCCAAUUCACUAUACCCGACAGUGGAGAGACUAGGAUUUGGUUCGUUGCUAGCAGUCCUCAAGGUGAAUGGAUCAACGAGAGCGAUGACCCUUGUGUGCCCGAAUGGGUUCACCGACCUAACUCGUUCGCGUUGGACUCGGUAUAUUGUAGCAGCUAGAAGAUAAUGAGAAGACUUCUGUUGGACUCAAGGAUACUGCUUUUGAACUUUUCUACUUGUAAAUAUAUUUAAUACUAGUAUAUUUCCCUCCAUAUACGGGUUCAUUCAUGCUUGAAGAGAAGUGGAACAUAGCCAUUCAAAUAUAUCCCAGUUCCUCGAG